AUUUCUGAGGACACCCAAAUUCUAACUUUUUCUGUUUCAGGUCCUAUAGAGAUCGAUGAACAAAUCCCCGAAGGAUUUACUCAAGUAAAAAGAAGAACAAAAAAUGGAUGUUUGUUUUAUAUUUAUAUUCGUCUACAUUUAGCAUAUAUGAUUAAUAUAAUUUAUGUAAACAGAAGAGUAUAAUUUGCUCUCAUAUGUUGAUACUUCUCUGCAUUUUAUCAUCUAUCAUUCAUGUGAUUUAUGCAUACGAUUUUAUUUUUUAUAUUAAUUAAAAGUUUAACACAAUAGAUCGAGGAGUAUGGGACAUGGGGAAUCGAAGCGCUUAGAAAAGCUUGUGAAUAAGUAUGAGCGCGGGCAGAUUCAACGAGUUGAUUGGCUGGAUCGCCUUGCCUUCAAAGCCAUGGAGAAAAUCAAGGAACAAGAAAAAAAAACAAUGAAAGUUCUCACAUAUACCUGGUCAUUGAUUUUAGCAGUUUUGAACAAAGAGUUGUUUUUCAGAAAAUUCAGCGGACAUGUCCAUUUUAGCCAAAUAUCCUUUACCAAAUGGGGUCUAUUUGGGGGAAGCCAUAUUGAUAUAUGUUCCUCUUCCUUGCCCUAAACUCAUUGAAUGCAAAUGGUCAACAGUGUCAAGAUGGAUGAACUGCUCAAAAUGUGAGAUAGCAAGACUUGGUUCUCUUCAUUUCAUUCAGAUUACAUUUAUGUGCAAGGAGUUGAUUAUGAGAAAAAGCGAAGGAUGUUUCAACGGUUGGAUUAUAGGAGUUAGAAAGAGGGUGAGAAUGAAGGUGGACUAGAGGUGGCGCUCCUUGUUUUGAAAAAAUGUUCUACGUGAUUAGAUCUGCAUCGAGAUGUGUCUAUUAUAUUUGGGAGUUACUUCUCUGUUGACUUGAUUUGGAUUCUGCGUGGCCAAGUAAAGAAUAAAAAAAAACUUUCCUGUGAUGACUAUCUAUCAUUCGCUUGCCCCAACUAAGUAGUUAAGAUAGUUACUCUGUUUAUUUUUGUUAGCAGGUAAAUCAAAAACAAAUUUGACUUAUGGGACCAAUUUAUAUUGAUUAAAUAUGUGAUAUGAAACAGAUUUGUA